GAGACACAGCAGAGCCCACUAGUCUGUGUGUGCUAGAAGAGUGUCUGGCGCAUCGCCAAGGCAGAGAGAGCCUUACCAGACUGGCCCUACUGCGGAGCAUGCCUGAGUGUGUGCAUGCCAGCAGGCUUGAGCCUUGUGUCACUCAAACCGUAUUGGGAAUUACCGCAAACCGCACUGUUCGGAAUCAGAAAUAACACACUCCUUUAUGGUGGGUUUCUUCCUCUUUGCGGAUGGGGCUCGCAUCGCCACGCUCUCUCUCGGACGCAGGGGAUUUAACUAAUAGGGUGUAAUCAGGGCUGAAAUCGAGCAAGGCUAAUUGCUGCGCGGAUUGCGUGUGUGUGGAAACCUAGUUGUUGAAGGUGUGGAGUUUUGCGUUCCGGAGAGUGGGGUUGGUCGUUUAGUUGGAUAUUUUAGCGUUUCAGGGUCAGAAAUAAGCGACUCGGACAGUUUGUUUGUCCGAUCAAUUCCGGCUGCCUUCCCCUGUGAAAAAUCCCUAUCGUGGGUUGGAUUGCCAUGUUGUGACAUCGUGACGAGGUUUUAGGUUGUGGCUGAGAAUUGGGUUCUGGUGGAGGUUUGCCUUUGGUGUCUGCAACUUUUGCCUGCUUGGGUUGGGGAACCCUAGUUUUGGGGGACGGGGAGUGCUGCUGCAUUGGAUCUUGAGGGUGGUUUAAGGGCUCUGUGAGGACGGUCUGAAAGUUGGGGCGAUGAAAAUCUUAACUUAAAGAACAAGUUCUGUCCCUUAGUCUCUUGCUUGGGGUGACGUGUUGUUGAGGUUAAGUGCAUCAGGAGCAAGGUUUAUACGAAGUUAUCGUUCAAGUGGGGGAAGAAUUCUAAUUUAUUGAGUGAUUCGGAGGAAAGAGAGACACCCCUAUUUCUGGGGGAAAAAAAUACCCACUAAGUAUGGACUGGGCUGCACAAUUGCUCAGGGACGGGGGUUUUUGUGGACGUUGAGGGCUCAGCUCGGGGCAGCUUCCUGCUGUGAAGAUUAAGAUGAUCGAAGAGUUAUGUUGAAUGGCCUAGACUGAACCCAUGGUCGGAAUGAAUAUGUAGGGAGCCUUGAAAAGAUACUCAGCGGAGGUUGUUACUUGGCUAUCAUGCCCAUUCUUCCAUUUCGUGAACACCAUUGCUGCUUGAUUACCAUCUGAGCAAACUUAGUUGACGGCCUUGUGACAUAAAAGUGCUCCUCUGCAGUGUGAAGAAUCUUGGAAAAAGUGACUCAGGGUGUGUGGGAAAGCUGACUUCGACGAACAGCUUGCAAAGUUAAAUCUAGAUGCAUAUCUUCUCAGCUUUUUCUUCUGCGGCGUUAUACUCCCAGUGUGCCGCACCGAUACCAUAUCGGAGAAACUGGCAGGAUUCUUGAGCAUCAGCGAAUGAGGUUAUCGGGGACCUUGUCAUUCUUGUUACACGGAUGCUGUUCGACUGUCAAAAUUCACAUCUGCUGGAGCUGGUAUCAUCGGAUGGGAAUCGAUAAUUCGGCUAUCUAACUCCUCAACGAUCACUGUAAUCAGAAGAGGAGAUAAACACAUUGAAAUCAGUUUCACGAAAGGUUCUCGAAAGAGAAAGAAGACCGGUGGGCAACAGAAAUUAUUAAAUUUGGAAACAAUCAGAACAGCGCGGAAGUGAAGGGAGAAGCUACACAAGGAGUAGGAUUGAAUGUGGUGACAUGGUGCAGCAGUGGCAGUGGGGUACGCCUCCAUCCGCUGGGUCUGGGCAGUCUCCUUGCCUCUGCGAGCUGCUGCACUUUGGUCUACAAACAAAUAGAAAAUGUCUCGCUGCUAUCCAUUCCCGCCCCCGGGAUACCAGAAGAAGGCACCUCAGCUCCCUGCUGAUUUAGCUCAGCCUCCCAAGGACAAGAAGGACAGGAAAGACAAACAUAAAGACAAGAAGAAAAAGAAGAAAAAGGAUGGGGAUACGAAUGGGGAUACCCAUGACAAGGACUCCUUGCGGCCCAGUAAGCAGCCACGGACUGUUCUUAUCAGCGACAUUCUACAGCCUAAAGAAGAGAAACAGAAUGGGAAAGUGCGGGAUGUUCCUCCAACGGCUGUCACUGAGCGCCCACUUAUACAGUCAACAGCUGCUGCUGUUGAGCCAUCUCUUGUCAGCAAGGGCGAGGUCAGGGAUGGCGGGAAGACCCUAGCCUGGAGUGUGCUGGAGAGGACUCCUGUAACUCUUCCUGUAAUUCCUCAACCAUUGUAUAGUAAAAAAGAACCCAAUGGCAAGGCUUCUGAUGUUAAGCCAGGCUUAGUUUUGCCCCCUGAGAGUAGCGCUAGUAUUGGGCCCCCCGGCAGUAUUAAUAACCAGCCUGCGUUGUCCAGCGUUAAGUUAGAACCACAAAGACAGUCUCCCAAGGCUUCUGAAUUGCCUUCUCCUCCAUGUGAGAUGAUGAUCCUCAAGCCCACAAGCUCGUGGUCAGACACUCCGGAUGAGGAUUGGUUGUUCGCAGGCAGGCCCCUUGGGUCUCACCUGAAGCCAAAGGCAGAGGUGGAGAGGGGGGCAGGGGAGUCCUCGGUGCAGGUGUGGGCCGAGGCGGUCUUAUUACCCUCCUGCGACCUGUAUGCCCUGCCUUAUGUGGUCCCAUAUUGAGAUCUAUUUGACUUACUGAUUCGUCCAUUUGUCGAAAUUUUGUCCUUAAGUUCCUCCUCACUACCCUCGGGGCAGCAACCAUCCGCCUAUGACAGCUGUCUCGACUUCCUCACUCUCAGAAGCUUCUUGUAUGUUCAAAUCGGCCAUGAAGCUGUAGCUAGGUAUGGCUUUUUUGUGUUCUCGGAGCUAUGAUGUGGAAUGUCUUAUUUCCCUUCUACCUGCGUUCUGGACCCAAGGGUGCUGAGAAUUGGAGAUUCAUAGCUGACAGUCUCAAUCGGUGUGUGAAGAAACUCCUUCAGAAGAGGCUGUAGAAAUUUUAGUAACUGAGAACUGGAACUUGGUAGCUUAAGAACAUGGAACACCACUGACACAUGUCUCUGUGGUAGAAUCUUUUUUUGUUACUGAUUGAAUUGUGUACAUAUUGUGAUUGUUUCAAGGUUGGUAAAAGGUUGCUACAAUUAUUUUAGGCA